AAGAUUCGUAAAAGUCACAUCAGGCCUUCCUGCAAAGUUUUCUUUGCCAAGGACCCUCUGAAGAUAGUGCGUGCUCAGGGCCAAUAUAUGUUUGAUGAGAAAGGAGAAAAAUACUUAGACUGUAUCAACAACGUCGCACAUGUUGGUCACAGUCAUCCAUACGUGAUAAACGCUGCAACAAAACAGAUGGAACUGCUCAAUACAAAUUCCCGGUUCCUGCAUGACAACCUCGUUCAGUACGCACAGCGUCUUACAGCCACCCUGCCCGAGAAGCUCUCUGUUUGCUAUUUUGUUAACUCUGGGUCUGAAGCAAAUGAUCUUGCUUUACGACUGGCUCGGCAGUACCGUGGGCACCAAGAUGUGAUCACCCUUGAAAAUGCUUACCAUGGCCAUGUUACAUCUCUGAUUGACAUCAGUCCAUAUAAAUUUAAUCAGCUGGGAAAGGACAGCAAGAAGGAGUUUGUGCAUGUGGCUCCUUCUCCAGACAUCUACAGAGGGAAAUAUAGGGAAGACCACUCAGAUCCAGCAAGUGCUUAUGCUGAAGAGGUGAAAAAGAUUAUUGAAGAAGCACAGAAGAACGGACGCAAGAUUGCUGCCUUCAUAGCCGAGUCCAUGCAGAGCUGUGGAGGCCAAGUCAUUCCACCUGUGGGCUAUUUCCAGAAAGUGGCAGAGCAUGUGCAUGCAGUGGGUGGCGUGUUCAUAGCUGAUGAGGUCCAGGUUGGCUUUGGCAGAGUUGGGAAGCAUUUUUGGGCAUUCCAGCUGCAAGGCGAAGACUUUGUGCCUGAUAUUGUCACCAUGGGAAAGCCCAUUGGCAACGGCCACCCUAUGUCAUGUGUGGUCACAACAAGAGAAAUUGCUGAAAGUUUUGGUGCCUCUGGACUGGAGUAUUUCAAUACAUUUGGAGGCAAUCCAGUGUCUUGUGCUAUUGGUUUGGCUGUGCUGGAUGUAAUAGAAAACGAAGAUCUCCAAGGAAAUGCUACACGCGUAGGAAAUUAUCUUCUGGAGUUGCUGGCUGAGCAAAAGCAGAAACAUCCCUUAGUGGGAGACAUCAGGGGUGUUGGAUUGUUUAUUGGAGUGGAUCUGGUGAAAGAUCAACAAAAGCGAACACCAGCCACAGCUGAAGCCCUUCAUCUCAUUUACAAGCUGAAAGAGCAUCAAAUCCUUCUUAGUGCAGAUGGACCCCACAGAAAUAUACUAAAAUUUAAACCACCAAUGUGCUUCACAAUGGAAGAUGCAAAACAUGUAGUGGACAUAAUUGAUGCACUUCUCACAGAAAUGGAAGAAGCAACUGGAAUGAAGACAGAAAAUAACACAUCUACAAAUGCACAGUGUAAAAGAAAAACAACUGAUGGCAGUUCUCAACCAGAACGUGCAAAUGACAGCAUUGGCCAUAUGAAUGGAGCUGCCUGCAGACAAGAAAAUGGGCUUUAUUCUAAAAAACGCUCAGUGCCAAGUAAAAGAAUAAGAACAUGA